UCAACCCUACCAUUUUCUGCGGAUGGCAUUUAUUUAGCAAGGGGAUGCUAUAGCUUCCUUCCACAAUGCCCAAAGCACUCCCGCUGCUGGCUGUUGCCCUGGUGCUACUUGGGCUUGUGCAUGGAGCCAUGUUGAGAAACGAAGAAAAAUGGAAGCCCCUCAACAAUCCUAGAAACCGAGAUCUGUUUUUCGGAACCCUUCAGGCAUAUUUUAAAGGAAGAGGUCUUGAUCUUGGGAUGUUUUCAAAUAUUUCCUCCAUGAACGAGAAUCCCAGACCUCUCUCUUUCCAAUCAGAACUUAUUGCUUCUGCAUUUGCAGAUUAUGAAGAACAGAAAAACUCCUUCCCCAAUUACCUCAAAGUCUGA